AGUGUUUAAAUAUUUCAGCAGGAGGUUGGGUUAUUUUUUUUUUUGUGCCCUGAAGGUUUAUUUUGUGAAGAUCUCGUGGCAACUUAAGACACACAAUGCCUACUGAAAAUUUGGUUGAUAAGCGCAUGUGCAAGUUCAAAAACCGAGGCAAGGAUACCAUGAAAAUGCGUGAGCGCAGAGUUGCAGAGUGUGUGGAGCUUCGAAAAGCCCAAAGAGUGGAAAGCAUCCUGAAGAGGAGAAAUAUUUCUUCUUACCCUGACGAAGAACCCCUGUCUCCAGACUACAACACUGACAUCCAAGAGGUCAUUUCAACAAUAAUUCAGGAAAUUGUUGCUAAUGUUAACAGCGACUGUCCAGAGCGACAGCUGCAGGGUUGUCGAACAGCCAGGAUGCUAUUGUCUCGAGAGAGGAACCCUCCAUUAAAAGAGAUAGUGGACAUAGGUCUGCUGUCCUGCUUUGUAGAGUUUUUGGGUAGGAAUGAUCACCCCACUCUGCAAUUUGAGGCUGCCUGGUCACUCACUAAUGUGGCAUCAGGCACAUCAUGGCACACUCAGCAGGUGGUGGAACAUGGUGCAGUGCCUGCCUUCAUAGCCCUUUUGUCCUCACCGAUGUUAAACAUAAGUGAGCAAGCUGUGUGGGCCCUGGGUAAUAUUGCAGGUGAUGGCCCAGUAUAUCGUGAUGCACUUAUUGACUGCAAUGUAAUCCCUGCACUACUAGCACGGAUAACACCAGAUGCCCCUGUUGGCUAUCUGCGCAACCUGACAUGGACCCUCUCAAACCUGUGCAGAAACAAAAAUCCUUUCCCCCGCUUCUCUGCAGUCCAGCAGAUGCUUCCCUCCAUUAUACAGCUGAUUCACCACAGUGAUAAAUCUGUUCUGUCUGAUGCAUGCUGGGCCAUCUCGUACCUUACAGACGGACCAAAUGAGCGCAUUGAUAUUGUAAUAAAGACUGGGGUUCUUCCACGACUGGUUGAGCUUCUGGGCUUUGAGGAGCUUGUAGUGGUGACUCCAGCACUUCGUUCUAUUGGGAACAUUGUGAGUGGUUCAGAUCCUCAGACACAGAUGGCUAUUGAGGCUGGUGUGCUGAGUGCCUUGCCAAAACUAAUGAAUCACCCCAAACCCAGUGUCCAAAAGGAAGCAGCCUGGGCUGUCUCCAACAUUGCAGCUGGACCACGCCAACAGAUUCAGCAACUAAUAACAUGUGGUCUACUCCCUCAUCUUGUGAAUCUACUUAGGAAUGGUGACUUUAAGACUCAACGAGAAGCUGUCUGGGCUGUCACAAACUUCACCAGUGGAGGAACAGUGGAACAGGUUGUACAGCUUGUUAAAAGUGGUGCUCUGGAAGGCAUCCUAAAUUUAUUGACCGUAAAAGAUUCCAAGACUAUCCUAGUCAUCCUGGAUGCAAUCAGUAACAUUUUCUUGGCUGCUGAGAAACUUGGGGAGGUUGAAAAGCUUUGUUUGCUUGUGGAGGAGUUGGGUGGGCUGGAUCACAUAGAGCUCCUGCAGAAUCAUGAAAACAAUGCUGUGUAUCGUGCUGCCCAAGCUCUUAUUGAGAAGUACUUCAAUGAGGAUAUUGAAGAUGAGUGCCUGAAGACUGUGGCUACUGAAAAGGACUUUGUUUUUGGACCAGCUGAGGUCCAGAGAAGAUUUGACUUCUGAGAAUUUCUUUUUAUGCCUUAGUUUUGUAAGAAUAAAUAUUUUUGCAGUA